AGGGUCUAGCCUAGAGAUUUUGCCGGCGGCUCAUUUCCGGUGGGGGAGCCGCGCCCAGUGAGGACCCGGAAGUGGGUCGCGCGAAGAUUGCUGGGCGGUUCUUGCCGGAAGUGGAGAGCGGUUGAUCGCAGUCCCGAGGUGAGGCAGUACUCUUAAGAAGGUGGUUCGUCAUGGCUGACAUGCAAAAUCUGGUGGAAAGAUUGGAGAGGGCAGUGGGCCGCCUGGAGGCAGCGUCCCGGCCCUCUGAUACGGGUCGGGGGCACGGGGAUGGAGUCGAUCCUUCACAGGGAGUAGCUCCAUAUGUGGAAGCAUUUGACUCACUGCUUGUAGGUCCUGUGGCAGAGUACUUGAAGAUCAGUAAAGAGAUCGGGGGAGAUGUACAGAAACAUGCAGAGAUGGUCCACACAGGUCUGAAGUUGGAGCGAGCUCUCCUGGUUACAGCUUCUCAGUGCCAGCAGCCAGCCGGUAAUAAACUUUCUGAUUUGUUGGCACCCAUCUCAGAGCAGAUCCAAGAAGUGAUAACCUUUCGGGAGAAGAACCGCGGCAGCAAGUUGUUCAAUCACCUGUCAGCUGUCAGUGAAAGCAUCCAGGCCCUGGGUUGGGUGGCAAUGGCUCCCAAACCUGGCCCCUAUGUGAAAGAAAUGAAUGAUGCGGCCAUGUUUUAUACAAACAGAGUCCUCAAGGAGUACAAAGAUGUGGAUAAGAAGCAUGUGGACUGGGUGAAAGCUUACCUGAGUAUAUGGACAGAACUGCAGGUUUAUAUCAAGGAGUUCCACACCACCGGCCUGGCCUGGAGCAAAACGGGGCCAGUGGCAAAAGAACUGAGUGGACUGCCGUCUGGGCCCUCUGCUGGAUCAGGUCCUCCUCCCCCUCCACCAGGCCCACCUCCCCCGCCAGUCGCUACCAGUUCAGGCUCUGAUGACUCUGCUUCCCGCUCAGCACUGUUUGCUCAGAUCAAUCAGGGGGAGAGCAUCACGCAUGCCCUGAAGCAUGUAUCUGAUGAUAUGAAGACUCACAAGAAUCCUGCCCUGAAGGCUCAGAGUGGUCCAGUACGCAGCGGCCCCAAACCAUUUUCUGCACCUAAACCCCAGACCAGUCCAUCCGCCAAACCAGCCACAAAGAAGGAACCUGCUCUCCUUGAACUGGAGGGCAAGAAGUGGAGAGUGGAAAACCAGGAGAAUGUUUCUAACCUGGUGAUUGAUAACACAGAGUUGAAACAGGUGGCUUACUUAUUCAAGUGUGUCAACACAACAUUGCAAAUCAAGGGCAAAAUUAACUCCAUUAUAGUAGAUAACUGUAAGAAACUUGGUCUGGUAUUUGACGAUGUGGUGGGCAUUGUGGAGAUAAUCAAUAGUAGAGAUGUCAAAGUUCAGGUAAUGGGUAAAGUGCCAACCAUUUCCAUUAACAAAACAGAUGGCUGCCACGUUUACCUGAGCAAGAAUUCCCUGGAUUGUGAGAUAGUCAGUGCCAAAUCUUCUGAAAUGAACAUCCUCAUCCCUACAGAAGGCGGUGAUUUUAAUGAGUUCCCAGUUCCUGAGCAGUUCAAGACCCUAUGGAAUGGGCAGAAGUUGGUCACCACAGUGACAGAAAUCGCGGGAUAAGCAAAGUGCCAGUGGGUCCUUCGCCCUCUCCCUUCACACCAUGGGAUAAAUCGAUCGAGACGGUUCUUUUCUAGAUUUCCUCUACCUUUCUGCUCUUAAACUGCUUCUCUGCUCUGAGAAGCCCAGCUACCUGCCUUCACUGAAAUAUACCUCAGGCUGAGAUUUGGGGUGGGAUCGCAGGUCAGCUCAUCUUCUGCAGGAAGGUGCCUCUUCACGUCAGUGCAGCCACACCACCACUCCACCCCUAAGGAUCUGCAGACCUGGACUUGUGCAUUCUAGCUUUCAGCAUUUGGGGUUAUCUGACCAACAGUCAGUCCUUUGGGAAGAGUAUGACAGUCCCAGGAACUAACAGAUUAAAAUGUGCAUACUCACCUUUUUCUAACAAUGAGCAUGGAGGUAGUAGAAGCUAGUGAGAUUCCAAGGGGUGGUACAAACUAAUUUUUCACGGUUCAUAAGUGAGGCAAGGGUUAUACUGGAUUAAAGGCUGAAGCUUGGCUGCCUAGCAUUCCAAGCAAAUGUGCUUCCUACAAGCAUUCCUUUAUUCUGCAUUCCAUCCUGGGUCUGACUCAACCUUGAGAUUGCUGGUACUACCAUAGCUGCAGCAGCAGUGCCCUCAUCCAGACCAGUUCAAGGAGUCUGGGACCCUCUCUCUCUGGGAUUCCUACACAACACCUUCCAACAGAGACAACUUUAAAAGACAACAUGCCAUUCCAAGGAGUCCAGCAUUCCUUCUCCCUGCUAGGUGCCUCUCACCUGUCUGUACUGCCUCCUUUUGCCUGUCACAUUGAAUAACUUAGGGCUUCUGUCCAGGCAUCUGAGAACUAAACCCAUCACUACAGACUGGUUUUAGGUCUUGAUUUAUGUAAGAACCUUGCUCAGCAUUGCUAAUGUUUCAGUUUUCCCCCCUGUAGGACAAAAUAUGCAACCUUUUUGUGGGAAGAGAGAUUGUCCUGUGACUUCUGCCCAUUUCCUGAGGCCUGUGGAAAUAAACCUUUAUGUACUUAAAGUUAUACAGAAAAUAGAAUAAAGUUAAUACCAAACGUGUUA